GCAUCAUUGGUCUAGGUGAAGAGGCGGGACUCUGGAAUGCGAGCUGGGGUCACCGCCCAGCGAGGACGAGGCAUCACUGAACUGUCUUUUCUUUCCCUACUCCCAUGUUUUCCUGGGGGUCUCAGUAGGUGUCUGUUCUCCGUGAAAGGCGGAAACGGCUGCGGGACGGUCUCCUUGCUGACGGACCCGAACCUCGCCCGCCAUGUCUGGGGGUUUCGAGCUGCAGCCGCAGGACGGCAGCCCCCGGGUGGCCCUGGCUCCCGGGGAGACGGUGAUCGGCCGCGGGCCGCUGCUGGGAAUAACAGAUAAGAGAGUGUCCAGAAGACAUGCCAUUCUUGAGGUGGUGGGUGGUCAGCUUCGUAUCAAACCGAUACACACAAAUCCAUGUUUUUAUCAGUCUUCUGAGAAAAGCCAGCUCUUACCAUUAAAGACAAAUCUAUGGCACUGGUUAAAUCCUGGGGAUAGUUUUUCUUUGUUGGUUGACAAAUACUCCUUCCGUGUUUUCUCUACACAGUCUGAAACAGACCUGGAAUGUACUUUAAGAAACAGUCAAAUGCUUGAUGAAGAUGAUAUAUUGAAUGAAACAGCAAAACCACUCUUGAUUAAUUUACCUGAUGAGACCACUUGUGCCCCACAGCUAGAAAGAGACACAGAAAUAUCGAAGACCCAGACCACUACUACAAAUAGUAUGUGUUUUCUAGAUGACUGUAGAGACUUCAGUAAGCAGCAGCCAAACUUUGCCCAGAGGAAAAGAAUCCUUCCAGCUUGGAUGAUAACAGAAGAUCUAAGUGAUCAAAACCUUUCUAUACCACUCAUUAGUGGCGAUAAUGAGGUAAUCCAGGGAGAUGGAAAAGAAGGAAUCUGCAAAGAUAAAACACAGGUAAACGUUUCAAAUCAAGGCAGGAAGCGAUUAAUUUCAGCAGGAAAUUCAGAAAGUAUCCAGGACCCAGGAAAAAAGUGCAAAAAUGCCGUUCAAGAAGAGUCUGUAAUUUCAUCCAAGGAAGUGCCGCAAUCAUUUUCUGCAAUCACAUUAAGUAACACAGAGGUGAAUACUACAAAUACACAAAGAAAGGAACUGGGUAAAGUUUCUGAACACAGAAUUGUCAGUAAAGGAACACCAAAUAAAAAAGACAAGGCACUGAGCUGUUCUGAGAGUUGUUCAAGUGCCCAAGGGGAAUCAUUAUACAACGAGUCUCGAAGUUCUCAUCCUGAGUCUAAUUGUGAUCUUUCCAGUCAUGAAACUUUGCAUGCAAAGCUGACUGUCUCAGUUCCACAAGAUUCUGAAGAAAACAAGGUCAAGAGGACAUCCUGCAUGUAUGGAGCAAACUGCUACAGGAAGAAUCCUGUCCAUUUCCAACACUUCAGCCACCCAGGUGACAGUGAUUAUGGAAGUCUACAAGAUAUGCCUCAGGAUGAGGCUCAUGACCAGCCUGAAUGUCCCUAUGGAGCAUCUUGCUAUAGGAAGAAUCCCCAGCACAAGAUAGAAUAUAGACAUAGUACACUUCUGGUGGGAAACAUUUUAGAUGACAGUGAUAAUGUUGGGCAACCCAGUGAGCAUGACUUGGAUGACAGCUUUCUAGAUGAUAAGGAAGAAGAAGAGUAUGAGCCAACAGAUGAAGACUCUGACUGGGAGCCGGAAAAGGAAGACCAAGAAAAGGAAGAUGUUGAAGAACUUUUGAAAGAAGCAAAAAAAUUUAUGAAAAGAAAAAAAUGAGAGUACCAAGUUGUCUCCCAGUGUUCAAAAUCCUGGCUUCUUCUAUCAAGAAAAAACACUUAUUCUCCAAUUUUUAUGAAGUGAUUACUUCUCUGUGUCUCUGUACUUAAACUAUUUUAGGCCAUAUAAUAUGUUUCAAUUUAGGUGGCUUAGACUCUUUGAAAUAUAGUUUAGAAUUGUUUAUAACAGUUGGAUAUGUGUUCACAGGGUAGGAAGUAUAUUAUUGAAAUCAUAAAUCACCAAACCAAAAGCACCCUUGUUAAACACUAAUAUUUUCUCUUCUAAGGGAAUCUAAAAAUGUAUAUCGCAAAAGAGCAAAAUUUUUACAAUAAAAAAAGAUUUACAGUAUUGUUUCUUGGUGUUUUUAAAUGUCUUUUCAAGUAAUUGUGUAAUAAAAGUUACUUAAACUGAGGUAUGGAAAAAUAAACAUUUCUCUAGAUUAUUGUUAACUAUUAUCCUGACUUUGUCUUCAUUUGAGAACUCAUUUUCCCCUUCUGAUGUACUUUCAGUCUUGCAGGCUUUA